AUGCAAAUGGAAUGUCUAUAAGAUUAGUCAGGUUGUCAAUCUAGAACCUUUGAUUGUUAAAGCUGAUGAAGAUCCAAUAGUGUUUAGGCAAGAAUUGAAUUUUUAUAUUGAUGAGGAAUUUUUGAUGGCUGUGGAUGCAACUGAUGAACUGGAGCAAGAUAAAUUAAAAGAAGAUUUAUUAUACAUGUUUAAAUCAAAAAUUGUAUACUGA